AUGGUAAAUGCUACAUCUUCACCAUUCACUGAUUUUUAUUCUACAAUAUUCAAUCUUCUAGUUCUUUUGACUACAGCCAAUCACCCGGAUGUCUUAAUCCCAUCGUACAAUGUAAACAGGGGAACAGCAAUUUUCUCUGUAAUUUUUCUUGGUGUUGGAUUGUAUGUAUUCUUGAAUAUUCUUACUGCCGCUGUCUACAGUGAAUUCAGUGGUUACUUACUAUCUUCUGUGCAGACACGGUUGAUGAGAAGACGAGUUGCAACAAGAGCAGCCUUCGAAAUCUUGAAAUACAGUGAUCGUGAAGUAGAUAUCGUCUCCAGCAGUGAUAUAGCUCAAUUAAUCAAUACUAUUAACAUCGACACUUGGAAAAGAAAUCAAUUACGUGAAGUAUACCAGAUGAAAUUUAAUCAAUCAGAUCUAGAUGCACAACAAUUUAUGCAAUUAUUUCAAACAUUGGAUGUACUAAGUCCACCAUUUCACCAUCCAUUGCAACAGUUGCCUGCCAGUCGGUUUGCCCGCAUGUUUCAAAGAUGGAUUAUAUCUAAAGGAUUCGAGUUGGUCAGUAUUGCUGUUUCAGUACUAAAUGUGAUAUUUUUGUGUGUAGAUAUUUCCUAUAGUCUUUCCACGGGCAUAUAUCCCAGCUUUACAAUGCGUUUUGUCAGCUGGUGCUUUGUCAUCUACUACUUGUUUGAACAAUGCUCUCUUGCAUGGGCUUAUGGUCGAAAAACAUUUUUCUCAAAAAAAUCUAAUGUAUUUGGUUUUUCAAUUGUGAUAAUUUUACUGAUUUUUAAAUUAUGUGAACUUGGACUCCUAAUAGCCAAUUUGUCUGAGAACCACUUACUACACUUUUCAGUGACAAUUUGGGAUGUUGUACGUCUCACUAAUAUUCUUCUUUUACUACGUGCUACAAGACUUAUCAGUUUAUUUCGAUGGGCAAGAUUAGUUGUUUGCGUUUUAGCAGACCUACCACGAAACCUCAGCCCUGUUCUGGGAAUACUCUUAUCGACUUUUUACUUUUAUGCAUUAUUGGGUAUGAACUUAUUCUAUGAUGUCAUUCAGUAUACUAAUUCUACGAAUGCAUCAAACCCGAAAGAAGUUUACCAAUGUGGCAGUUAUCAAGAGUUGGCAUAUUGGUCUGUGAAUUUUAAUGACUUUGCUGCUAGUCUUGUACUUUUGUGGGACUUAAUGGUGGUUAAUAAUUGGCAUGUAAUUGUUGCUGCUUAUCAACAAGCUGUUAACAGACUUGUUUUACUCAAUAAGAAAUGGGAGCAUGCUAUUCAUGUCUGGAACUGUGAAGAAACAAGUUCAUGUGUAGUAGUGUACAUUUCUGUGAAUCAACCUAUCCAAAUUCACAAAACACAACCUUUGAAAUUUUCUGUUAUCAGAACUGGAAGUGCACCAACAAAAUUACAAAACUUUGUGAAUCACCAGGAUUGA